AGACCAUUUGAUGCCGAUCAUUUCUUCUGAGCACCUGAGCGAUAGUCCGGCAUACUUUUUUAAAAUGGAUUUAGACAAGUUACCAAACAAUUCCGUGUGUAAAUAUAAGCUAAAUAUUGUUAUGGACUCUGUUGAAUGUAUAUACAAUAAGCCAUCAAUUGAAGAAAUUGAAUCUUUUCUAACUGUUGAAAAAGGUGAUACGAAGAGUUUAUUUAACUAUUUAGCAAAUAAACCAACGUUAAUAACAAGAACGGUCAAGAAUAAGUUAUUGCAGGCUUGGGAAUUUAAUCUCAAUAUAAAAAUUCCAUAUGUUGUGAUACCCGAAGUUAGUUCGUAUAUGAAAGCUGAAUAUUUACUAGUCGUUGAUUUGGGCCGUUACUCUGUCAGAACAGAACUAUGCCAACAAGCAUACAUUGCUGAAAACUCAACGCAAAUGGAAUUAGAAGAACAAUUGUAUACCAAAAUAUUUGUUAAUUGUACUGAUCUCCAAAUAUUGUUCUGUGAUACUAGUGAUAACUGGAAAGAUGCUAGAAAGGAAAAGUGUAGUGAAAUGCACGUGGUUCCUAAAACUUCGUUUUCUUCUAUAUGUGCCAUUUCCGUGGCUAACCUGAAGACAAUACCAAGCUACAAAUUUAAUAUUAGUUUUCCAAAUUUAAAGAUGAAUAUAUCAGAAAGAAAAAUAUUGUUGUUACUGAAAUUUUUUAAUAUAGAUCAAAUAAAAAUUAAUAUCAUCCAAGAAGAUCCUGAGCCGAAAGUUUUUACCAAAGACAGAAUAAAGAAAAGAAUUACGAACCAUUAUUUAAAGAGGAUUGAAAAGAAGAUACGAAUCCCGAAUACGUAUAUAAAAUACAAGCGGUACAAAGUUGACAAUUGUCGCACACAUAAUAUCACCAGAGAUAAAAGUAUCUCUAGGAACUAUCAUGAAGAUAUGAAUGAAGCUUGGGCAAGAUGUGUGGAUUUGCCAGGCCUUGAGGACAACAUAUCGCCUAGCAACAAUAUUCAAGUUUUAUACGGAUUUGUGAUAAAUGAAUUUUCAGUAACAUUUUCGAGAUCAAGUGACAGCACCGAUAGACAAUACUUAAUGCUACGCUUAGGGCAAUUUUCAAUGGAUGUAGCUUUCAUGACGUAUGGUCCUGCGUAUCAAAUAACACUAAACUCUCUUCUUCUAACAGACAAGCUGCAUACAACACAUAGCGGACAAUAUCUUGAUCUCCUUUUUAGCCCUGUUACUAGUAAUCAAGAUAUUACUACUAUUCUAUUCAGAAAGGUUAGUGCUAGCUGUCCUGAUUUCUGGUCACAUUUUCAUGGAGUAGAAACAUCGUUAGUAGCAAACUUUGGUACAUUACAUGUUCUUCUGCAUCAAGAAGCUGUGAGAACAAUAUUUCAAUAUUCCAAAUAUAUAAGCAAUAAGUAA